AUGGUCUCUUUUGCAACAUUCCUUGUUAUUCUAGCACUCCUUGGUCUUGCACUACAGUUCGUCCUGAACAAAUGGCGUAAAGAGCCUGCGUUAGAUCAUAUACCAACUCAGCAAUUUCCCGACGGUGACAAUUCCCGUGCUCGAUACCUGACAGAUUUGAGAUACCUCCUUGAGUUAGGCUAUCGUAGGUACAACAAAGUUGGCAAAGCCUUCAAGAUCACGAUCCCCAUCGGAGGAUAUGCCGUGAAGUACCGAGUCAUUCUUCCGAAGGACCACCUGGAGGAAAUCAAGCAUCUUUCCAAUGAUGUCUUCAGCUGGCAGCUCGCUUCCCGAAUCAUUUUCGCACAAGACUACACCGGUGCGCCUGACCGUGGGAAAUGGUCUGGUAAGGCACUUCGGGUUGGUAUUCACCAGAAUCUCGGCGACAUCACGACACAACUGGACCAGAGAAUUGUCGAGUAUUUCAGUUCACACCUCUCUCAACAGAAGGGCAGUGUAGACGCCCUCAAUAUGAUGAGUUUCUUCAUUCCGACAAUCACCUACGUCACCAAUGCGUUGCUGGUCGACUCAAGACUUUCUUCCGAUCCAGAAUGGCUACGACAAACGGCUAACUUCGCGGUCAAUCGUUAUGGGGCUGCGGACGAUGUGCGGAAAUGGCCACCGUACCUUGCAAAUAUAGUAGCGCCGUUCAUUCCCUCAGUACGGAGACUACGGGCACAACGAGAAUAUGUAAUGGAGAAAAUGAAGCCUAUCUACGAGGAGCUCAAAGCUAGUGGGCAACUACGGGUCGAUGACAAGAAACUUCGCCGGAAAGGCACGUUUGGAUAUGAGUGGCUCUGGGGCGGAACACCGGACGACGUGACCCUGAGGGACUUUUCAGAUACGAUGAUGAGGACCAUGAUCGCCGCCAUCCAUACGACUGCUAAGACCAUCAGCGUGGCCCUCAUCGAUCUUCUGACCAACCCAGAGAUGGUGGAAGCGCUGAAGAACGAAGCCCAAGAAGCUGUGUCGCCAGACCAUGCCUCGGUGAACCUGGACAAGCUCAUCAAACUGGAUUGUUUUCUCAAAGAGUCGCAGAGGCUUAGUCCCGUCUUUCUCUUUACAAUGAACCGCAUCGUGACUCAGGAUUAUGAGUUUAAAUGCUCCGGUCUUCGUCUGCCAAAGGGCACCAUGGUGACAGGUCCUGCAGCUGCGAUUGCUACCGAUCCUGACGUAUUCAGAGAUCCCGGCACAUUUGACGGACACCGAUACUAUCGCAUGCGCGAAGAAGCCAAAGACUCGGCAAGUAGUUUGGUUCUCGGCAUGUCGACCAUUGACUCGUUGGGCUUUGGACUCGGCAACCAGGCUUGUCCUGGCAGAUUUCUGGCGGUCAACAAUCUGAAGCUGAUGAUUGCCAGACUUUUGACGGGCUGGGAACUUUCGUUGGAGAGCCGGGGACGAGAGUACAAGGGACCACGACCCGUCAUGGCAUACAAUGAUUUCUCCGUUGUUCCACCGAGUGAAUACAACUUGCGGCUGAGGAAACUCUAG